GGGAGGCUGGGGCGGCAAACGCGUGGCUUUUGGCGAGGCGCGCGGCGCAGGAAAUCAGCGUCUCGGCUCUCGAUGGAUGCGGCCGCGACCAGGACCCACAGCCCGCCGUCGCGGAGCAGCCUCGCGUCGUCCGACGAGCACGAGUCUAGCCCAUCACCGGUGACCCGCCCGUGCCCGUCGGGUGACCCGUCACCGUGCGGCGCCCGACUUUCGCUGUGCGCCUCCCCGGCAACCGUAUCCGUGCACGGCUACCUGCAGGGGGCAGCUGCCGCCGCACGACAGCUUGGGAUAACGGUUGACGGCGGCGGUCCACCCCCGUCUCUCCGCGGAGGCGGCCAGGCUUCGUCGGACGAGUCCCGGUGCACGUCGGGAGGCUCGCGGCGCGGUUCCUCGCCCGGCCUCACGUGCGUCGUGUGCGGCGACACGUCGAGCGGCAAACACUACGGCAUCCUCGCCUGCAACGGGUGCAGCGGCUUCUUUAAGCGAAGCGUCCGCAGGAAGCUCAUCUACAGGUGCCAGGCCGGCACCGGUAGGUGCCUGGUGGACAAGGCGCACCGGAACCAGUGCCAGGCGUGCCGCCUCAAGAAGUGCCUCCAGAUGGGCAUGAACAAGGACGCAGCGGUGCAGAACGAGCGGCAGCCGCGCAACACGGCCACCAUCCGGCCCGAGUCGCUGGCCGACUCCGAGCGGCUGCUACGCGAGGGCGCCGCCGUGGGCGUGUUCCCGCACGCGCCCAGUGCCGCGGCAGCGGCAGCCGCCGCCGCAGCCGCGGCCGCGCGCUACCUGGCGCUGGACAGGGCCGCCUCCCAGCAGCAGCAGCAGCAGCAGCAUCAGCAGCAAUCGCGAGAGCUGCAGCACCACCGGCCGGCCAAGUACGAGCGCCGGGACGACGCGCCCACCAAGGAAGAGGACACGUCCGAGUCGGGCGGUUGCCGGGACGACAUCGGUAACGGCGGCGGGCUCGGCGACGCGUCCAUGACCACGGCGACCAGUCGGCGUUCUCCGGUGGGGCUGCUGCCUCCACCUCUGCUGUGCCAGCAGCAGACGCAGCAGCCCAUGCCAGGCUACGGCGAGUUUCCCCUGUACCCGGUGGCCCAGGAGAGCGUGUACGAAACAUCGGCGCGCCUCCUCUUCAUGGCGGUCAAGUGGGCCAAGAACCUGCCGUCCUUCUCCAACCUGCCCUUCAGAGACCAGGUGAUCAUCUUGGAAGAGACGUGGUCCGAGUUGUUCCUGCUGUGCGCCAUCCAGUGGUGCCUGCCCCUGGAGGCGAGCCCGCUGUUCAGCCCAGCCGAGCACGCCGCGCUCGCGCUGCACAACAACGGCACCCCGGGCGGAGGAGGCGGCCAGCAAGGACAACAGGGCGCAGGACAGAACCACAACUCCAAGGCGGCCCCGCUGACCGACGUGCGCAUCCUGCAGGAAGUGCUGGCGCGCUUCCGGGCCAUCGGCGUCGACCCCGCCGAGUUCGCCUGCCUCAAGGCCAUCCUACUCUUCAAGGCCGACUCCCGAGGCCUGAAGGACGCGCACCAAGUGGAAGCCCUGCAGGACCAGGCGCAGCUCAUGCUGCAGCAGCACGUCAAGACGCAACAUCCGACGCACCCUGUCAGGUUCGGCCGGCUGCUGCUGAUGCUGCCCUCUCUGCGGUACGUGCCGGCGGAGCGAGUCGAGGCCCUCUACUUCCAACGCACCAUCGGCAACACGCCCAUGGAGAAGCUGCUCUGCGACAUGUUCAAGUGCUGAUCGCCAAGCACGCCCCACCAUCGCGCGACCUCCGAGCGCGGUUAACCGUAGGUUCAUGUGAAUGUCCAGAGUUCCGGAAGCUCUGCUGCUCCUUCGAGGAAAAGAGACAUGCCUACGCCAACAUUCCUGUCCGACCCACGGUCGACGCAAGGUGUCAACCAUAGGCGCACACGGGAUCCUGUACAGAUCGUCCUUCAUCUCCCCACUGCGAUUGCUACCUAGUCAAACAUGGCUGCGGGUGGUUUCACGGACGUACUCGCACAGUACAAAGAACAAAGUGCAUCCAUCGUAUUGCCCCCCCCCCCCCCCCUUUCUUGCGUGGGCCACGUACGCCCCAUUCCACGCCCUCACCCCACUCCCCCCUCCCCCUGAAUUCAGUUCACUGGAAACCUAGUCACCAAGAAGACAAUAUGUGCCAAAGAAACUUGUUCUGUUGACGGAGUCGCGUCGGCUGUCUCCCGCGAGAUUCUUUUUCGCCACUUCCAGCACAGCGGGAAUCAUUCCAUGUCAUUCAGUCGGGAAAAAAAAAACGAUGGAUUCAGGACAACCAGCAAGCAGCGUGAGGAAGAUCGGGAAGAGUGCAACACCAAUACAGCGUCGUGUCACCGACUCCCUUCAGGCCGACCCACAAGGUUUUGGUGAAUAAAUGCUCUUAGCUGCUGUGUAGAAAAGAAAGGGCGCCCCUUGUGCCGGCGUUGUCCAAAGAGCAUGUGCUGUCUUUGUGCUGACACUCGUGCUGCAAUAACCGAGACGAAAUGCAAUAUUUGCAUUAAUCAUUCGUUUGCAAAGGUGUCAAAACUGGACAACUCUCUCUUUUACAGUCGGUCGAGCUUUAAAAAAAAAAAAACACGUGAAAAAUCCCGUUUCAAAUGCCGUCGAUUGUGUGACUUGCAUGGCUUGUUUGAUUAGAAGCUGCUGUGAUCCGACACGCAGUUGAAAUGUACGUGAAGAUGUCCCGUCUCAGAGAUACCGGUGCGUAUUUUGAGAUUUACUGUACGCAUCUGUGAUCGUGUUUCAUUUUCGACCGACUGUAAACUACACGAUUUGCCGGUACGUUUCUCCGUGCAGGUGGGUUACUACUCCCUGCUUUGUGUGUUAUCACCCGAAAGUUUCCUCGCAUAUGAUUCAUGACGAUAAGUCAUGCCAUGUUACAGUAUUACAGUGUCGCCAAUGCAUUUUAUUCGUUGUUUUCACUUGUUCUUGGUUGAUCCUUCGCUCGACAUGUAAAAGGCCCGCUGCGUUCUGUUCUUACAUAGUGUUCCUCUUAUGAAAUCGCGGCACUUCGCUGAUUAAUCGAUCGUGUCUCGGAACAUUGAAGAUCGCAAUCACCGCGAAUUCGACUACAGUAAACUCCCGUUAAGACGAACCUGGUUAAGCCGAAUUUUCUAGUACGAGGAACAAGGUGGGAACAUUUGGUUGGUUUCCCAUAGGUCCUUAACACCAGCCACUAAUUUGGUUACGAUGAACUCCCCCAGCCAGCACCGACGCCUGCUAUGCUCGGCUAUGCGAGGGGCACGGAUCGGCAGAAUUCGAGGACGCGUCUCUGCUAUAGCUACACGAAAUGCGAAUGGUGCUUUCUGUGCAUAUACAGCUAUACGCCAACGUCGACACAGACCUGGAAACCAGCAAUGCUGACACUAUAUAUAAACAAAAUUUUCAGCAGGUCCUCGAGGUGCCUCUGCCAACAUCCCCUAGACUAGCGAUAUAGUCUAGCUGGUCUAGGGGGUGACUGGAGGAAAGCGGUAGCGCGGAGCAAAGGAACAACCGGGCGACGUACUAGACAGACAGACAGGCUGUUGCCUCUACAGGCUGCGUAACUAUGGAAAGGACAUUGCCCGAUAGCUACAAGAACCAGCGCUGUUCAAGUACGAUGCAUCUUAUAAUGCCCCGAAUAUUUCAGUGCAUUUUCUUUUCAGCAUGAUAGCACCGAAAAUUUCUUUCGAGCAAGCUAGGUGAAACGUCAGACUUUGUAACAACGCUGCGGUUUACCCAACCGCGACAGGCAACAAUUAAUCCAUUGUCUAAGUGUGCAAUAAAGCAAUACUUUAUAUCAUACAAGUCCUACAAACGUCUCUUUACAUCUGCCUUUUGGAGUUAACGAUGUUUAAUUUAUCAUUUUUUUCUCGUGGAUAUUUACGCACAGCAGUAAUAGCAGCUUUUGAGUUUUGUGGAUUACUUCUGUUGAGAUGAACUUCUGAUAAGACAGAUUUUCACGGUCCCUUGGAAUUCGUCUUAACGGGAGUCUGCUGUACUUUAUUUCCUCCAUGUAACGCGGAAAAGACGUGGAACGGUAUCCUAGCUUAGUUUGCAAAUGCCCGAAAGGCGUAGAGGGAAAGGAGGGGCGAGCGGUUUUUUACCGCCGAUGCCCCAACGCACCGGAAGUCCAUGUCACCGCUAAAGUCAGCGCCGUGAGCUCGCAAUGAAAUCUGCAGUGCUCCGCAAACUUACACCGCUUGAACAGCUUUAGAGAAAAGGAAGUGAAACGGCUUAGUCUGCCCAAAGAGCAGGGUGGGCGGUACAUGAACACGCACAAAACCAGAACUCAUGGUUUUAGUUGUAGGCAGAAUAAAGAGCCGCUACAGCUUUGGGUAAUUAUUUAUAAGACACCAUGUCGAUACAUAUACGGAGCAGUACAGCCUCACGUAACAUUUCUUUCAGACAAACUGCAUUCAAAUGCACACUUUCGUAAAGCUGCCAUAAUCUGCGCGGCGUGUCUCAUAUCACUAGAAGAAGGCUUCAGAGGUUCAGACGGUAAGUCGCAUCCAAAUAAGAUGGUGUCUUAUCUAUUAAAUUGUGGGUAACGUCCUGAAACAGCUCAUUAAAUUAUGGGGAACACCGUAAUGGAGAGCUUCCCGUUAUUUUCACCACCUGGGUGUUCUUUAACGUGCACCUAAUUCUAUAUAAGUGCAUCAGCGGUUUCGCAGUUCGCCAUAAUCCAAAUGCAGCCGCUGUUUUCGGGAUUCGAACACACGACCUCGUGCUAAGCAUCAGGACAGUCGUAUAACCAUUAGGCUACCGCGGCAGUUGAAACGAUAUGUUGUUGUAGCGAGUUUUCACUACUACAGGAAAUCUGGCUCUGUUUGCUUAGAGGAUUGUAGAUCUUUGCCGAUACAUUAUUUCCGAAUCGUGGUAUACUGCUCCAUGAUGGCAACACGCAAAGAAAUAAACUGCUUUUGGAUUUGCGA